CCUGCGCUGCUGCAGUUGAGCUCAAACUCCGGAGGCCCGCAUCCGCGAUCGAAGCCAAACGGAUAGUCGGCAGUGAAGCUCCCGCACUUCCUGGAACACAAAUCCUGCGCAGCAGCGUGAAAGAGAAAGAGGUACACCGCUGUGAGCGCUGCAUCCAUGCUCUGAGCUCACAGUGCGUGUUCGUCUCUCCAGAUCUUUAUCGUUUACAAAACAAAACAAGGGUGGUCGGCUUGCUCGAUGCUUCGUUCUAUUCUAUUGUCCCUUGGAGCAUCGGCCACGUAUAGCGAACAGUGCUCCAAUGGCCGUUAGGGCACUUGUCACUCCUGGGCUCGUCCGAGCCGUCGCGCUUUCUAGCGGGAGGGGGCAUCUCGGCCUCUCCGCUGAUCGCCCAAAAAGAAGAAGAAGCUGUUCUUCGUCGUGUGUGAGAAUUAUUGCUAUGGCGUCUCCGAAAAAGGUGCUUGUGCCGGUUGCGGAUGGGACGGAGGAAAUGGAGGCCGUGAUUGUCAUCGACGUUCUCCGGCGAGCUGGAGCUCAUGUCACUGUGGCCUCUGUCGGACAGGAACCCAAAGUUACGGCGUCGAGAGGCGUGAAGCUGGUUGCGGACGCGAUCGUAUCGGAAUGCGGGGACGAAAAGUACGAUCUUGUUGUUCUUCCUGGUGGGAUGCCUGGAGCUGAACACUUGCGUGAUUCUAAAGCUCUCGAGGACAUAACUCGAGGUCAAGCUCAGGAACAACGAGCUUAUGCUGCCAUCUGUGCGGCGCCGGCUGUGGCGCUCGAAUCGUGGGGCCUUCUCAAUGGCUUGAAGGCAACAUGCUACCCAAGUUUCGUGAGCAAGCUCUCGGAUCCAUCCUCGGCAGAGUCCAGAGUUGUGAAAGAUGGGCUCGUUGUCACAAGCCGAGGUCCAGGUACUGCAAUGGAGUUUGCUCUCACUUUAGUUGAACAGCUAUAUGGCAAGGAAAAAACACAGGAAGUUUCAAAGGGAUUGAUUUUGCUCGAGGGAAAGCCGACGAAAUUAGAGUUCAAUCAAACAGCUUGGGCAGCUAAAGUACCGUCAAAGCCUCAGGUUCUUGUGCCGAUAGCAAACGGCUCUGAAGAGAUGGAAGCCGUGAUAAUCAUCGACGUUCUAAGACGUGCUGGCAUGGGCGUUGUGGUGGCCUCGGUGGAGGAGACGUUACAGAUUGUUGCAUCGAGAAAAGUGAAGAUCGAGGCGGAUAAUCUCAUCGGCGAAGUUUCAUCCGCUCACUUUGACGCGAUCUUCUUGCCAGGUGGAAUGCCUGGGGCAGAGCACUUGAGGGACAGCAAAGAGCUCCAAUCCAUACUCGCGAGACAGGCCAAAGACAGCCGAGUUUACGGAGCCAUCUGUGCCUCUCCAGCAGUCGUUUUGGAAGCAAACAAGAUACUCGCUGGAAAGAAAGCCACGGCGUUUCCAGCGUUCCAGAGCAAGCUCUCGGACCAGAGCGCGGUGGAAGCGAGAGUGGUGAUCGAUGGAUUGGUUGCGACGAGCCAGGGGCCGGGCACGGCCAUGGAGUUUGCGCUCGCCAUAGUGGAUAAAUUCUCCGGCAAAGACAGCGCUGUCAAGACCGCCGAGGCAAUGCUUUUUAGUUACUAGAAGAACAAAGGUGGUGAUAACUAGAAAAGAAUAAUUAUAACUAUUAUAUAUAAUUACAAAGAAAAGUUUAAUUAAUAUAAAUUUAUGUAUUGCACUAAGCA